AUGGUUGGGAUCAUAUUAUUUGCAAUAAUUUUAAUACCACUGCAACUGUGCAAGUCAGAAGACUAUUACUACUAUCCCUUCAACGUCUCCCGUUCAACACUCCACGGCAUCGCGGCAUACCGCUCAGCACUCACCCUUGACUGGAUGGCUGCUGAAGACUUCCGACAGAGGGAACUAGCUGCAGCCUUUGAAACAGAAGCCCCUCCUGCCAGAGUUGUUAGCACGGAUUGUAUAGUAUAUCCACGGCCUACACCAGGAAAGGUCGGAAGGCUUAUGUUGGAACUGUUGAAGAAUCUAGAAGGCGACGAAGGAACGCUUGUCUCUGAACUAAUCCAAGUAUUAGUUCGUACAAAAUUGCUAGUUGAAUCGUCGAUAUUCGAAGCUGAACCAGAUCUGGACUCGCUGGUGAAGACACCGAUGAUGAUGAUGGGAGAACCCCACACCACCUUUCCGAGGGUCCUGGCUGUGAUAUGGAUGCUAACGACUGAUCCUGUCACCACGAAUAAAUACGGAUGGUGUCCUAUAAAGAAGGUCAACAAAUACCUAUCAGGGGCGAAGCCCUACGAGAUAGCGAAGCAGAUGCGACAACUCGAGAUGGUGGUGGCGAGGGCCCGGUUCAUCAUGGAGGAGUUCGUUCAGAGCGUCACACCCGCUGACUUGUAUCAGACCACGUCGCGGAAAGUUAAAAGAACGGAGAAAAGUUCAACUUCGAGGCGUGCUAAGAAACGUCAGAAGAUUGUGGCGACGGAGAUUCCCCAUCCAAAAUACAAGCUGGAACGCCUGCAGUCCCCACAACCAGGUCAGGUGUCACCAGAGGUAGAAGUGAGUCGAUUGAUUGUCGCCAAUGGAUGUACUGCCUCUACCAUGUCUGUGAUUUUGUUUGUUAGCAGUUUACUGGUUUAA